AUGGAGCUGACCACGGCGUGGACCACGGCGUGGUGCGUCCUGCUCGCGGCGGCGGUGGCGGCGGCGGCGUACGGCGGCCCGCCCCCGCUCGACGCCGACGUCCCGAGCGGCGAGAGGGAGCAGCACCGAGACCAGCCCCUGCCCGGCAGGGAGAUCGAGCGCGUCCCCGCGGCCGCGAUCCCCGUCGACGGCGACACCCUCCAUUACGUGCGGUUCGUGUUCGCGGACGUCGUCCCCCUCGGACGCGCGAGUUACUUGGAGCCCGGCGAGGUUCCGAACGUGGCCGACAAUAAGGAAUCAGCACCGAUCCCCGAAGCGGCGCAGGCGCCGGUGCCGGCCCCGGCCCCAGCAGGGAACUCGACGGCUCAGUCCGCGGGGAUCCGGGACAGAAUCAAGAACCUGGCGUCUAAGGUGACGUCGUGGCUGCCCAACUUCUCCGCGUACUUCCCGCACCUGCCCGCCUACCUGCCGGGCCUGGACUUUGAGCUGGAGGCGCACCCGCACCCCGUUCCCAUCAAGGUGCCGCACAUCCCGGGCCCCAGCGAGCUGCUGCGCGACGUCAACCUCCUGGUGGAGUCGGCCCUGGAGAAGCUGCACCGCAAGCACCAGGAGAUCGUCGAGCUCAUGAAGUGCACGACACCCAUUCCGAGCGAGUGCGAUAGUCUGUUCCAGGAGUUCCUUAGGCCCCCGGGGUCGCCCGCCUCAGGUUCAGGCAGCGCGGCCUCCGCGAGCCCGGCCGCGGCGACCACUCCGGACGGCAAGCCGAUCCUCAGCUUCUACGCGGGCUUCUCCAAGCCCGAGGGCCAGGGCCACGGGGUUGGAUUCUUCGUCGACAACCACGGCCGCCCGCACAUCGGACACGCCAACCACGACGUCCCCGUCGUGCACCAGGCGCAGGGCACAGCCACCGCUGGAGUUGGUGCUGGAGCGGACGCGCCGCUUACUUAUGCAGCUGGAGAGGGUCCUGUGCCCGAGGGCGACGCUGGCGUCGUGGCUUUGGAUGCUGCUGCUGUCCCUCUAGCAGCUGACGGGGAGGUUCCUGUUGCCCAAAAGACCACAGCAGAUGACAAACAAACUUCAACAGCACCCCUAUCCGGGAGCGAUCCGAGCUCUGUCCCAUCAUCUGUGUCGUCUGUACCUGGUAGUGUAGACGGCGUGGUCUCUACAGAUAGUAAACCCUCCGUUGCCGAACCUGCCGCUAAAGCGUAACUUGCGUGGAGCUGCAGGUUACGAAUCGCAGCACACCACGACUAUGAGACGUAAAGACUGUACAUACACAACUGUCGAAUUAUAUUCCUGGUGAUGAACAACAA